AAGACGAUCCUGAGAAGAGAGUGAAUGUUUAGGGAUGGACUUUUUUAUUAGUUAGCUGCGGGCGUCUGAACAAGUCCGGGCUGCAGUUCUUUUCACUGUAGCAAACAGCACAACCAAGGAGAUAUGACUUUAUUCCUCUGCUCCUAGUCAAUUAGAGGAUUUUUGCAGGCUGCACCGUCUUGAGGAGGGAAAGUCCGUUAGCGGAUGCACGCGCAUUGCGCAGGAGCAGUUUGAUAAAACUAAACUAUUUUCGAGUAAUUCUCCGGACAAAUACAGACUAAUUGAAGGGAAUUUGUCAGAUCAUGCAUGACUAAGAAAACGUCGUUGACUGCUUUACCUUGGUGACCCGUUUUGAGUGGAUUUGAAAAUGGGGUGUUUGCUGCAGUGGACUCUGCUGUUUGCUGUGUUGCUGUUUCUCCCAUCACAGUCUACAGCUCAAGGCCAGUGCAGUAAUGUUGUUAAAGCUGACAUUGUGUUCCUGGUGGAUGGAUCAUCCAGUAUUGGCCGGGCCAAUUUUGUAUUGGUCAAGAAUUUCAUGGCAGGGAUUGUCAAACCCUUUGCCAGAGCGGUAGGACCCAGUGGCAUCCGUUUUGGAACCGUACAGUACAGCGAUACUGCCAGGGUGGAGUUUACAUUUACUACAUACCUGAAUGGAACUGAGCUUCUAACUGCCAUAGAGAAUAUCAACUAUAAAGGUGGAAACACGCGGACUGGGGCUGGCCUCAAAUACAUCGCAGACAACUUCUUCAGCCCUGCCUCUAUCAGAGAUGUACCCAAGAUCACUAUUCUCAUUACUGAUGGUAAAUCUCAGGACAGUGUGCAGGAGCCUUCUCAAAAACUACGUAGCCUCGGAGUCAAAGUAUUUGCAGUGGGCAUUAAGAGUGCAGAUGCUACUGAGCUGAAUCUCAUUGCCUCUCCUCCUCAAAAUGAAUUCACCUCUCAGAUUGCGAACUUCAAAGCUCUCAUCUCUUUGCUGCCCCUGGUGUCUCGACGUGUGUGUACAACAAGUGGAGGCUCCUACUCAAGUGAUGAGGCCUAUAGGGGUCCAUCAGACUUGCAGUUUUCAGGUGAAACCACCAAUUCACUGAGAUUUCGAUGGACAUCUGCAGGAGGGCCUUUAAGUGGCUAUGUGGUUCAGUACAGGCCCCUAUCUGGCCUGGGUCAGCCAAUCACAGCAGAGCUCCGACAGGAAACAAUACCAAGCAACCAGCAGAGCUACACAGCACGAGAGCUGCGUUCGGGCACAGACUACCUGAUCACUGUUAUUGCUCAGUACCCAAACAGCUUGGGAGAGUCAGUGUCUGGCAAGGCCCGAACAAAGAUUCUCCAAGGUGUGACUACACUGCGACUGAUUCAGGCAGGGUUUUUUACUCUGGCUUUGGCCUGGGACACUCCAGCUGACCAAGUACAGGGUUACAGAAUCACCUAUGGACCUACAGGUCAGCCUGAUGCACAGGUGCUGGAACAGUCUGUGGGGGCAGAGUCUACUUCUCUGACUUUGGUCGGCCUUAAGUCAGACACAGAAUAUGUGAUCAACUUGUACCCACUAUUUCCCCGUAACAGCGCCUCACCAGCUACCCUGACUACCCGUACAUUGCGUUUAGAGGGAGUGCAGCAGCUCUCCGUUGAGACUAUCUCAAGCAACAGUGUUCGAGUCCGCUGGACAGGAGUGACAGGGGCCAGAGGAUAUAGAGUCGUUUGGGGCCCUUUCACAGGAAGUGAUGUGGAGUCCAUAGAACUGGGAGGUGAUAGUGAAUCUCACAUUCUGGGGAAUCUAAGACCGGACACGGAGUACAUUGUUAUAGUCAUCGCCCUGUACAAUGGAGAAGCUGAAGGACCAGGAGCCAAUGCCCGUUUUAGGAUAGAGCGCUCAGAGCAACAGGUCCUAAGAGCCACGACUACAGGACCCACCAGCAUCAGAUUAAACUGGAACCUCAUACAGGCCGCCAGAGGCUACCGACUUGAAUGGAAAGCCGGAGAGAGAGGCAGAGUUCAGAAGCAAGAGUUCCCACAAAGCACCACAAACUUUGAGCUCAGAAGUCUGCAGCCGAACACAGAAUACAUCAUAACUCUAUACACACUCUACGAUGGGCGAGAGGAAGCUACUUUCUUUUCAACCAAAUCAACAGAGCAGCCAGUUGGUCCUGUCACGAACCUGAGGGUUGUGGAUUCACUCGGAAAUAUUAUACGAUUAGGAUGGACAGGAGUCGCUGGGGCAACGCAAUACAACAUCAUCAUUCUUAAUACAGAAUCAAAUACAGAGGUGAACAGAAGAGUUCCUGGGACUCAAACCAACUUUGACCUCGGAGACCUCGAAGUUGGUGUACGCUAUGAUGUCAGUGUAAAGGCACUUAUUGGAUCCGAUGAAGGGGAACCAGCAACAGUGUUCAUCACAACAGAACUGCCACUGCGAGUGACCAACUUGCGGGUAGUUGGAAGCAACAGUCGACGAGUCAGGAUUGCUUGGACUGGUGUUUCUGGGGCGACAGGCUACCGGGUUACCUGGAGACAAAGCAACACUGCAGAGCAAUCCCGUGUCCUAGGUGGCGAUAUUACUACCUACACUAUAGAUGGGCUGCAGCCAGAUGAUUCUGUUGUUGUGGGUGUUGCCCCAGUGAUUGAUGGGCAGACCGGAGAAGUGGUCUCUGUGUCUACAAGAACCAGUGGUUCUACUGGAAUAGUUACAGGGCUACGAGUCAUUGAAGUAACAUCUGAAAGGAUAGUAAUAACCUGGACUCCUGUGAAUAGAGCAACAGGCUAUAAAAUCACCUGGCGGCGAAAUGACGGAGUGGAAGACUCUGAGAUUGUUUCCACUGAUGUGGCUUCCUAUACCAUUGAUAGACUCCAGGAAGGUGCAGCCUACCAAAUAUUAGUCUCAGCCUUUUUUAACUCACGGGAAGGACCUGCUGCCACUGCGACUGCAAGGACAGAUCAGGCCACGGUGGGUCGUGUCACCAAUUUGCAGGUGGUGGAGGCCCAAGGAGAGGUUGUUCGAGUCAGCUGGGUUGGAGUUCAAAAUGCGACAUCAUACAGAAUACUCUGGAAGAGGACUGAUGGUGAAGAGGAGCGGAGUCAGCUGGUUGGGGGUAACGUGACAUCAGUGGAACUGAGGCAGUUGGAUGAAGGGGUACAGUAUGAAGUGAAGGUUCUGGCUCUAGUCCGGAACAGAGAGGGCCCACCUGUCUCCGUCAGAGUCACUACUGGGGGCCAAAGAGGGACAAGAGUAGAGGGUUUGCGUGUUUUGGACUCAACCCCAGGGGGGCUCCGUAUAACCUGGAGAGCAGUGAGUGGAGCCAGCUCAUAUCGAAUCUACUGGAGGUCCUCACAAGGUGAACCUGAAUCAAAUCGUCAGAUUAGUGCCGAUGCAACUUCGUACACCCUUGAUGGACUUCGUCCUGGUCUGAGCUACACUGUAAGAUUGUCUGCUGUGGUGGACGGUCAAGAGACUGAAGCUACCACCAUCAGAGCAACCACUGAUGCCCUGCCACCUGUGACUGGUUUGAGUGUGACAGACAGUACUGAGAAUUCAGUCCUUUUAGCCUGGUCACCAGUAACAGGAGCCACAGGAUAUAUUUUACGCUGGACAGAGGAAGAAGGAACAGAUCAGUCUGAAACGCUGCCUGGUACAGCCACUUCUUACCGUGUGAUAGGUCUACGACUGGGCCGUCGGUACCGUUUCACUGUGCAGCCCACCUUCCAAAACCAGGUUGGACCUGAGACCAGCGUGGAGGAACGCACAGUGUGUGUGGGAGGGCGUUUGGAUGUUGUCUUCCUUGUCCCUGCGUCUCGUGACCGCUCUGGCCUGGUGAGACCUGUGUUGUCUCUACUCGCCAGUUCUGCUGGAUCCUUUACCUCCAUCGGACCCAGAGACUCCCAGAUGGGGGUGGUGAUGUACAGUGAAGAUCCAAAAGUGCGCUUCCUCCUCAAUCGUCAUAGCAACAGUGAGACCCUUCUGCGGGACAUUUUGGCCACCCCAUUCAAUGACCGACCAGGAAAUAAUAUAGGCCAGGCAAUGACAUACGCACGUCAGUUUUUGCUGAGCGCGCAAGCAGGUCGUAGGUAUGGUGUUCCUGGGGUGGUUGUAAUUAUCGCUGACGAGAAGUCAACUGAUGAUCUUAGCCAGCCCGCUGCCGCUGUUAGAGCUGAUGGUGUGACAGUGUUGGCGGUAGGAAUUGGACGUGCAGACUCUAGAGAGUUGCGUUCGGCAGUGACAGAUGGCAGCACUCAGAAUCUGCUCUAUGCUCAAGACGCAAAUCAGCUCUAUGGUCUCCACCCCGACCUGGCAGACCUCCUCUGUGGCCUUGCACGAGGGACUAGCAUCACGCCAGUGCCUUGUACUGUAGAAUGUCCUAAGGGUGCUAAAGGGGAGCUGGGUCAGAAGGGUGAGAGGGGCAGAGAUGGAGUGGAUGGAAGAAAAGGCGAGCCUGGUCGUGAUGGUUUACCUGGUCGUGAGGGCCCCAGAGGGCCAGAGGGGCCACCAGGUCAACCAGGCAGUGGUCUGGGAGUGAGAGGAGAGAAAGGCGAGAGAGGUUUCCCAGGUUUGGAUGGCAGUCCAGGUGUUCCAGGUCGUCCUGGUGCAGUUGGAUUACCAGGCAUUCAGGGAUUACCAGGUGUUAGAGGAGACCCUGGAGAAUCAGGCAUUCUUGGCCCUCAGGGAUUAAAGGGAGACAAAGGUGAAAGGGGGGAACCUGGAUCUGCUAUUGGAGGAGGUUUACCGGGCCGCAAAGGAGAGCCAGGAAUCCCAGGGAUCCCUGGCACUCCUGGUCGUUCAGGUGUGGCUGGGGCGAAGGGAGAGCCAGGUGCACGAGGUCUGCCUGGACAGGAUGGUCUUCCUGGGUUGCCAGGCACUGCUGGACUUUCUAUUAAGGGUGAAAAAGGCAGCCCUGGUGAGAGGGGUCCUCCCGGAGUGGGCAGUGGGGUAGCUGCUAAAGGAGAUGCUGGUGAACCUGGAAGCUCUGGACCGCCUGGUCCUCAGGGUCCACGAGGACUGACUGGACAAAAGGGAGCCAAAGGAGAAUCUGGUGAGAGUAUUGAGGGUAAACCAGGCCCACAAGGAAACACAGGAGACCCUGGUGAUCGGGGUCCCCGGGGACCUCCUGGGGAAAUUGGAAGUAAGGGUGAUCGAGGACAGACUGGACCACCUGGUUCAGAUGGACCCAAGGGAGACAGAGGCCUUCCAGGUCAGGCAGGGUACAAGGGAGAUAAAGGUUCAGCAGGCCCCCCUGGACUCCAAGGACUGAGGGGAUUGCCAGGGAGCAGUGGCUUUUCUGGAGAGAAGUUUGUAUCUCUGUUUGCUGUGGGUGCUGAGGGUGAAAAGGGGGAACCAGGAAGCUGUGACUGUCAAGGUUCAUUUGGGAAGAAAGGAGAGCGGGGUGAAAGGGGUUUCCCAGGUCCUGAUGGUGCUAAAGGUGAUGCAGGACAAAAAGGGGAAAGGGGUGCCCCUGGAGCAGGAGAGCCUGGCCAACCUGGACCUAAAGGGGACCAGGGUGAUCGGGGUCUCACUGGAUUGUCUGGAAAACCUGGCGCGAAGGGCAGUCAUGGUGACUCGGGAGAGAAAGGGGAGGCAGGCAGUCCUGGUCCACAGGGGCCCAUGGGCCCCAGAGGGAAAGAUGGACUAAAAGGAGACAAAGGAGAGGAUGGCACUCCAGGUGAAUCAGGGUUGCCGGGUAAAUCAGGGGAGAGAGGUUUAAGAGGACUGCCAGGUCAACCAGGUCAACCUGGGACAAAAGGAGACAUGGGCGAUCCGGGGGAAGACGGACGAAAUGGUACCCCAGGUCCCUCCGGACCAAGAGGCUCAAAGGGAGAGCAGGGAAUACAAGGUCCCCCUGGGCCACCUGGAGAUGUGACAACUGGAGAGAAACAGCUAAAAGGUGACAGAGGAGAAAAGGGAGAGGCAGGUGACCCAGGGGAGCACGGGGCUAAAGGUCUAAAGGGUGAACCAGGAGCUUCAGGCUCACCAGGACCAAGCGGUCCUGAGGGGCCACGUGGGUUUCCAGGAGCCAGAGGUGACUCAGGCGAGAGGGGCAGUCCAGGAGACAAGGGAGAAAGAGGAGUGGCUGGAUUGGAUGGACGACCCGGUCAGGAUGGGAAACCUGGGCCGCCUGGAGCUCCUGGAUUACGGGGUGACCCAGGAAAACAAGGGGAUCCUGGAAGAGAUGGCUUGGCGGGACUAAGAGGGUCUCAGGGGCCUCCAGGACCACCUGGGCCCCCAGGAGCUAAUGGCACACCUGGCAAAGCAGGGGAGGAUGGGAAACCAGGACUGCCUGGAAAAACUGGCGAGGAUGGCGUGCCAGGAGAGGAUGGUCGAAAGGGAGAUAAAGGAGAGCCGGGGCCCACUGGAAGAGAUGGUCGAGAUGGGUUGAAAGGUGAUCAGGGAAUUGCAGGAAUUAUUGGCCCUCAGGGUCCCAUUGGACCACCUGGAGUUCCUGGAAAUGUCGGACCACCAGGACCUGUGGUGUAUGUUAAAGGGGGGGCAGCAACACCUAUUCCAGGCCCCCAGGGCCCUCCUGGAGCCCCUGGAGUACCUGGAGUCCCAGGAGCUGCUGGACCAAGAGGGGAGAGAGGUCUGCCAGGCUUGAAAGGAGAUGCGGGAGAUCCAGGAGACUAUGGUAAACCAGGAAAUGUAGUGGAUGUGAAGAAAUCUUUGUCAGAAUUUGGCAUUGAGGUCAGAGAACUGAAACUAUUAGUUGAUAACAGAAGCAGUCUGGUAUCAAAGUUGAGUGAACUGACAGAAGGAAAGAGGGGCGAAAAAGGAGAUGUCGGACCCAGAGGCCAUCCAGGAGCAGAUGGUGCACAAGGUCUUCCAGGUGAACGAGGUGUGAAAGGAGAGCAGGGUGAGAAAGGGCCUCCUGGCCCACAGGGUCCUCCAGGCAGGGCAAUUGGAGAAAGAGGCCCAGAAGGUCCACCAGGACAGGCAGGUGAACCCGGAAAGCCAGGAAUACCAGGAGUACCAGGACGAGCCGGUGAACUUGGAGAAGCUGGCAGACCUGGGGACAAGGUAAAGAGAAGAAGAGCAUUGGUAUUUUGUUACUAUAGCUGUUUUACAUCUUUUAUGAGAUACAGAGCUGAUCGAACAAAACACUUGAAAUAAAGUUAUUGUAAAAAAAAAAAAAAAUGUUGCAG